UGAACAAGUAAGCAAUACUUUUUUUUUUCUUAAGAGUUUUUCCUCGAGAAUCUAGUUUAUUUUGGCUCCCUCAAACAGUUAUUUCCCUCAACGGUCACUCAGAAAACAAGACUCAUAGACAAAACCCAAAUAAAGAAGUAACCUCGCCGUGGGGUCGUAAUUACAGUGUAAGACAGGAGAUCCCAAAGCAACCUGAGAGCCUUGCCCUGAUUGGAAAGAAGAUCUAGGCGACUAGUGAAAGAUGAUUCCUCCAUCCCUCGGUCGUGUUUAUCUGGGAACCACCUCCCGAAACCGCGGAGACCUUUGUAGUCAACAGACGAACGUCGUCAUUGGCGGAAAACCCUGAAUCACUUUACUAAGGCAGCUAGCUGGCGCGCUCAGGCAACCGGACCGCAUCCGAAGCCUAUCCUCCGCCGAUCACGCCCGGGUUUCCUGGGCUGCGGGCCUCCCCACGCUCUCUUCCGGGAGGCGGCGAGCGGACGCUCUCGGCGCGUGACGCAGUACGUUUUGGUAUAACCACGUGACGCGCGGCGGUCGCUUUCUCUUUGAUCGCGCGACCGCCUUUCAAGAUGGCGCCGCAGAAAGACAAGAAGCCUAAGAAGUCAACCUGGAAAUUUAAUUUGGACCUUACCCAUCCAGUAGAAGAUGGAAUUUUUGAUUCGGGAAAUUUUGAACAGUUUCUACGGGAGAAGGUUAAAGUCAAUGGAAAAACUGGAAAUCUGGGGAAUGUUGUUCACAUUGAACGCUUCAAGAAUAAAAUCACAGUUGUUUCUGAGAAACAGUUCUCUAAAAGGUAUUUGAAAUAUCUUACCAAGAAAUACCUUAAGAAGAACAAUCUUCGUGAUUGGCUUCGUGUGGUUGCAUCUGACAAGGAGACUUACGAACUUCGUUAUUUCCAGAUUAGUCAAGAUGAAGAUGGAUCUGAGUCUGAAGACUAGAUGAAGCUGCCCCUUAAAGGGUUUUGCUUGUUAAUAAAACAAAUGAAGCAUGGAAAAGAAAGAAACAUCUAGAAAUGGACUUUUAGUUUAUUCAUAAAUAAAAAGCAUUGUACUCUGUA